ACCGGAGUCACUCGAGUCCAUCGAGACAACUGGGCAGUGAGUUGGUGGGUUUCACUUACAGGUAGUAGUUGUAUCAUUGUAUGCAUUUGCGAUUUCAGAUCGACUUGCACAUCACUAUCUACCUCUUUACCAUCUACCUCCUCCUCCCCUCCGCCUGGGAAUAAACUUCGCAUCUUCUUUUAUAGUCUGCCUCGUUUUCAUCGCGAUCCCACCCACUUCAUAUUGCCUCGCACCCUCAUUGCGCUUCUUCUUAUAUAAACAAGACGAACAUCAAGAUCUUCUCUUUUUCAUCGAACUCCAAACUCUUCAACCUCUUACCUUUCUUGCUCUGCCUCAUAAUGACGACAGCAGCAUGCCAUGCAAUAGGAGCAAUUCAAUCUGGCGGUUGCUUUAACCGUUAUAGCUUCCAUCAUGACUGUAGGAAUGCUUCAAUGAAGUCAAUACUAAAUGGCUUCAGGGUUGAUGCUGUGUUAUUGGUUAGAGGAAGCCAUUUCUCUAAGAAGCAAAGUUUUGGUGUUGUUCAAGCGUCAACUUCUCAAACUGUAUUUGAACCUGUUUCAUCUCCAUCUAGCAGCACCACUCCAAAUGAUUCAAAGAAGAAAACAAAGGAAGCUGCUCUGAUCUUGAUAAGGCAUGGAGAGUCGAUGUGGAACGAGAAAAACUUGUUUACUGGUUGUGUUGAUGUUCCUUUGACCAAAAAGGGCGUGGAUGAGGCUAUUGAAGCCGGGAGACGAAUCAGCAACAUACCUGUCGACAUGAUCUAUACAUCUGCUUUGAUCCGUGCACAGAUGACUGCCAUGCUAGCCAUGACACAGCACCGGCGCAAGAAGGUGCCAAUCAUCACACACAACGAGAGUGAACAAGCAAGAGCAUGGAGUCAAAUUUUUAGUGAAGAGACCCAAAAGCAAUGCAUCCCUGUUGUUACAGCAUGGCAAUUGAAUGAAAGAAUGUAUGGGGAAUUGCAGGGUCUUAAUAAGCAGGAGACUGCAGAGCGGUAUGGAAAGGAGAAAGUUCAUGAAUGGCGUCGUAGCUAUGAUAUACCUCCCCCAAAUGGUGAGAGUUUGGAAAUGUGUGCCGAAAGAGCAGUUGCCUACUUUAAAGAGAACAUUGAACCACAACUUGAGAGUGGGAAAAAUAUUAUGAUUGCUGCCCAUGGAAAUUCCUUGAGAUCCAUCAUCAUGUACCUGGAUAAGCUAACGUCCGAAGAGGUCAUAAGCUUGGAACUAUCUACUGGCAUUCCCAUGCUUUACAUUUUCAAAGAGGGGAGGUUUAUUCGUAGGGGAAGUCCAGCUGGGCCAAAAGAGGCGGGCGUUUAUGCUUACACUAAGAAAUUGGCUCAAUACAGACAAAAACUGGAUGACUUAUUUGAUUAAUGUGGCUCUGGGUUAUCAUGGGAUAUAGAACUGCGAUUUGUAAACCUAUGUCUUUAAAUCUGUGUAAUUUUAGGAGCAAGAAAGUUGGUUCACCUAGUGUUGUUUCUGUACCAGUUAAACUGGUAAGGUAAAGAAGUACUAUGUAUAUUGUAAGUGUGCUAUACUGACUGAUCAAAUGACAGUGUGAAAUGUGAUGUUUGCUAUACAUGUUAUUUGUCCCUUCAAUCCCGGCUUCGGGUUCC